AUGUGGCAUAGCAGCAUUUGCACAACUAUUAUGGUGGGGGGUGCAGCCUUGUAUGCCGUUGCACUGAUAGUUCGUCAGUACGUACGGCUACGACACAUACGGGGUCCUCCGUCCGCGGGCUUCUCUCAGUGGUGGCUUCUGCAAGCGGUAUACAGCGGCAACAUGCACCUGAAGUUCUACGAGGCAAACCAGCAAUACGGUUCUCUUGUCCGAGUUGGUCCGAGGGAUAUUGUAACGAGCGACCCGGACCUCAUGAGGCAUAUGCUCGGUGUGCGCACAAAAUACACGCGUUCAGACUGGUACAAUGCCAUGAGACUAGAUCCCCAGCACGACAACGUGUUAUCUACCCGAGAUGAUGCAACACAUACCAAGCUUCGGUCUCAGAUGGCGGGAGGGUACUCUGGCAAAGAAGUCGCCAACCUCGAAGCCAAGAUAGACGAAAAUGUUCUCCGCUUCAUGAGUCUGAUUGAUACAUAUGCUUCCGAGAACAAGCGGUUCGACUUUGGAUUGAAGGCGCAGUAUUUUACCCUCGAUGUCAUCUCCGAUCUCGCAUUCGGACGGCCGUUCGGCGAUCUAACGUCCGAUUCGGAUGUUCACAACUACAUCCACGCGACAGAAAAAAGCAUGCCGAACAUCGUCGUUGCGGCCGUCCUGCCCUGGAUACUGUCUAUGCUGUCGUGGCCUUUGCUCCGGCGGCUGUUGCCUUCGGAAAGUGAUACUACAGGCCUUGGGAAGCUGAUCCGGAUGGCGAAAGAAAUUGCGAGCGAACGCUUUGGGCCUAAUAAGAGAACAAAGCAGGAUAUGCUUGGUUCGUUUGUAGCACACGGGCUGACACAGGAGGAGGCGUCAUCGGAGAUUCUCAUGCAGAUACUAGCUGGUUCGGACACGACGGCAACGGCGAUACGAGCUACACUACUUCAUAUCAUCACCAACCGACGUAUUCAUAUGGCUCUUUGCGCGGAGAUCCAAGAAGCACGGCCGUCUUGGCCGGUCGUAAAGGAGGCGGAAGCUCGAAAGAUGAAAUACCUGCAAGCCGUAAUUAAGGAAGGCUUGCGGAUUUUCCCAGCCGUUGUAGGUCAGAUGUCGAAAGAGGUCCCCAAAGGCGGUGACACGUUUAAGGGCGUCUACUUGCCAGAGGGAACUCGAAUCGGGUAUGGUGCAUGGGGUAUCUUCCGUCGAGCUAAGAUUUGGGGACAGGACGCAGACGACUUCCGGCCAGAUCGAUGGCUUGAGGCGGAUGCGGAGAGGUUGAGGUCGAUGGAAACAACACUUGAGCUCGUUUUCGGACAUGGGAAAUGGAAGUGCUUGGGAAGAAACGUGGCAAUGAUGGAGCUGCAGAAAGUUUUUGUUGAGCUGCUGCGGAGGUAUGAUUUGGUUUUGUGCGACCCUACGAAGCCGUGGAAGUCAUUAAACUAUGGUAUCUUUUUGCAGUCCCAGUUCUGGGUCAGAGCAUACAAAAUAAGGGAGCAAACCUAG